AUGGACAUUGACAUCCGGCUAAAGGCAUACCGACUCGUCGCCUUCUCGGCCGUCGCUUUUUGCGUCGUUUCCGUUCUUUCGGUAUGCAUCACCCUGCCGAUGGUGUACAACUAUGUGGCUGGAAUGAAGAUCCGGCUCACACAGGAGGUCGCCUUCUGCAAACAUUCCGCUGAUGAUGUCUUCAGCGAGGUCAACUAUCUUCGAUCGGCCGUGCCAGCUGGAAACAGCACUCGUCAGGCUCGUGGAGCUGGAUACGCUACCGGACCAAUCGGAGGUGGGGGAUACACUGGAGGCUAUGGAGGACACGCCGGAGGAGGCGGUGGUGGAUACGGAGGAUAUGCCGGAGGAGGCGGCGGUGGCGGCGGCGGAUGCAACACUUGCUGCCAGCCAGGAUCUCCAGGACCAGCCGGAGCCCCAGGAAAGCCAGGAAGACCAGGAGCGCCAGGAGCGUUUGGAAUGCCAGGAAACCCGGGACGUGGAUCCUCUGGACCAUGCCGAGAUACCGCUCCAGCUCCAUGCAAGCCAUGCCCAGGAGGACGUCCUGGACCACCAGGACCGCCGGGACUUCCAGGAGCCGACGGAGCCCCAGGACACCCAGCCGCCGGAGGCGGUGUCGCUCUUCCAGGACCGCCAGGACCAAAGGGACCACGCGGAGCGCCAGGACAUCCAGGACGCGCCGGAGCCCCAGGACAGCCAGGACGCGACGCCAUCGGUGGAUCGAGUGGAGCCGCCCUUCCAGGACCACCAGGACCACGCGGAGCCCCAGGACAGGCGGGAGCCCCAGGAAGCUCGGGAGGCGGUCGUCCAGGACCACCAGGACCAAAGGGAGCCCCAGGACAGCCAGGACGCCCAGGACCAGACGGACACCCAGGACAGCCAGGGCGCCCAGGAAACUCGGGAGGCUCUGGAGAGCGCGGAAUCUGCCCCAAGUACUGCGCCCUCGACGGCGGCGUGUUCUUCGAGGAUGGAACCGUUCGACGCAGAUAA